AUGUCUUUAUGGUGUUCUUGGCCAAAAUGUGGGACACAUCAAUUUUUUGUGAUUCUUAUACCCCUCCCCCCUAAAAAAGGCAUCAAGGAGUUUAAUUCUUUGUGUGUGGCAUGUUUAUUGUGUAUUGUGUGUGUGACAUCUAUAGGCCACUGCAAACACUUAAAAUCUAUCUUUUCUUCUAGCCCACCACCAAAGAUUUUCCACAGGAUGAGCCACCCUUGUAAUAACCCAGCCUCAGUCUUCUUAUUGGCUCAUGACCUUUUCCUCCCCAUCCUCUCUUCUCUCUAUACCUGCUUCUCUGGGUGUUAUUAUAACUUCCAAUUCCAAUACUCUCCAAUCCAUUUUAAAGAAUAG